AUGUCCGGCAUCCCAGUUCCUUUCAGCGAUAUCGCUAAACCAGCGAACGAUCUCUUGAAUAAGGACUUCUACCACACGACCGCCGCGAACCUCGAGGUCAAGUCCAAGGCUCCAAACGGCGUUGUCUUCAACGUCAAGGGAAAAUCCGCCCACGAUGGCCCAAUCUCUGGCUCGAUCGAAGGGAAAUACGCGGACAAGGCAACUGGUCUCACCCUCACCCAGACAUGGACGACCUCCAACAGCCUGGACACCAAGCUCGAGCUUGAGGACAACCUGACCAAGGGAUUGAAGGCCGAGGUCUUGACCAACUACCUGCCUGCGCAGAGCGCCUACGGUGGAAAGCUCAACCUCUUCUACAAGCAACCCAACAUCCACACCAGACUGUUCACCGACGUCUUCAAGGGACCAACCGCCUCCUUCGAUGUGACCCUUGGCCACGAGGGAUUCCUCAUUGGCGCAGAAGGUGGUUACGACGUCGGCAAAGCCGCCAUCACAAGAUACGCCCUUGCAGCUGGAUAUAGCCAGGGUUCAUAUGCCGCCGCUGUGACUGCCACCAACAACUUGACCGUUUUCUCUGCGAGCUACUACCACAAGGUCAACGCCGAGGUCGAGGCUGGCGCAAAGGCUACCUGGGACUCGACGGCCGGAAGCAAUGUUGGUCUGGAGGUUGCCUCGAAAUACAAGCUCGACCCCAGCUCUUUCGCAAAGGCCAAAAUCAACGACCGUGGUAUUGCCGCGCUCGCUUACAAUGUCAAGCUCGGCACCGGCGUGACCCUCGGUCUGGGAGCUUCCUUCGACACCCAAAACCUGAACCAAGCCUCCCACAAAGUUGGUGCCUCCUUCACAUUUGAGGGUUAA